UAAAACCAAUUUCUAGUGGUAUAAAUGAUACACGAUUAUGGAUUGCUAUUCAUAGUGGCUUAUAUAGUAAUUCUGUUCUAAAAGAAUUAAUACAAAAAGGUAUCUCUAUAUAUAAAAGUAUCCAUGAUAAAAAAUUAAUUUAACUUAUUUUUUUAGGAAUGUCUAUAUAUAAUAUCAUAAAAGCAAUGAAACUUGGACUUAUAAGUCUUAGUUAUUGUGAACUUUUCUAUUUUAAAAAAUUCAAUAUAGAACCAUAUAAUUUGGAAUUUAAAGAAUCUUGGAAUAAAUUUAAUGAUGAAUUAAUUUUAAAUUUAGUAUGUACAGGAUUAAGUGAAAUAAAUUGUUGGAAUAUUAUUAUAUAUGGAAUAAUGCUUCAAAGUCCAAAUAUUCUUCGUCAUUUAAUUUUAAGUGGUAUUGAUGUUCCUGGUAUUUUAAACUGGCAAUCUCCUAUUAAUUUUGCAUCAUCUAAAAUAAUUGUAUUCUUAAAACAUAUUGGAAUAAAAGAAAAUGUUAUAAAACUAGUGGAAAAAUAUGGAAUUGAUGAAGAAACUGAACAAAUGUUAAUUGAUUUAGGACUUAAUGAAAUGAGAGAAAAAUUGUCAGAAUUGGAGGUCUAAAUACAAUUAUUUAAUUUAUUCUAUUAUAUUAUUAUAUUUUUUAUUUUUAAUAAUCUCUACAGGAACUAAUAUGUGAAUGCAGUUUAACUAUAUUGGAAUCAAACAAUAGUUGUUUAGAAAUAAUAGAAAAUAUUGAAACAAAUAAUUCAGAAAGCAUUUCUAGUUCUAUUAGUAUACCAGAUUAUUGUACUAUACCAGAUUUUUUUCAGCAAUGUAUUUGUCAAUGUCAUUUACUAUCAAAAAAUAAUGCAAUAUAUCAAUCGAUUAUACAAAAUGACUAUUUAAGGUAAAUAAUAAUUAUAUUUUUAAUAUUAAUCUUCUUUGUAUCUUUUUCUAAGAAUUGACUAGA